CGCACUUCCUCUAUUGGACGAAAUGAUAUUCAAACUCUCUCCCGCCCAGACUAUCUCACCACCAAACCUCACACGAAAUCACUUCACCGUAGCCCACUGUACGGAGGGCAUCAGCACGGCCACUCACAGCUGGAAAUCACCACCGCCACAGCCGCAGAUCACAGACUUGGUGAAAUUUGUGGAAGAAAUUGUGAGGCUCGAACAUGCUUCAUUUCCAAAUAAGCCAAUUUAUCUGGUGGGCGAUUCCUUUGGGAGAUGCCUAGCACUUGCUGUCGUAGCUUGUAAUCCAACCAUUAACCUGGUAGUAAUGUUAGCCAAUCCAGCAAGUUCAUUUGGCAGGUCACAGCUCCUACCUUUGUUCCCUCUCCUGGAGGCUAUGCCCAAUGAACUUCAUAUCACAGUGCCUUACCUUCUUAGCUUUGUUAUGGGAACAAUGAUUUCUUCUGUUGCUUGGAUAGGAUAUGAGAUGACUUUGUUGCGUGGACUUUCAGAGUAAUAUUUUGGUACAUGGUGAAGAAAUUUCACUUUUGUAUAGAACUAAUAUAAUACUUUUGUCGUCACUGGCUUUUGUGCAGUUCACUAUGAUUGAUACAGAAAACUUUUGGCAACCAACAGAUAAUUACCGGCAUGGUAGAUAGAUCACAUUUUGUCACCGUACAUAUAUAUGAUUUUUUGCCGUGGUACAUAGACGUACUUUUGUCUUCAUACAAACAUCACCUUUUGUCGUGGUACAGAUUACAAUGGUAAUUUGUACCAUGCCAAAUGGUCAUUUCACAUGGUAGUAAAUGUAAUUUUUGUAUAUGGAGGGCUUUGAUUUUUGUAUGAUUUUAUAUUUUG